AUGAUUUCUUACUGCUUAAAUUUAUAUUCGGCUAAGAUAAAACAAGAUGCUUGUGAAUUGAAGCAACAUUCAAAAAUGUUAAAUUCAUUAAAGCAAUGCCGAUUUGCAAAGGAUGGUUUCAUUCAUGUCGUUCUCUCCAAUCAAAAACAAAUUGAAUUGAAUUGUGAUGGAAAUUGUGUAUUGUGGUCAACACCAGAAGUAGCGAGACAUAAUAAACUUUAUUUACUGCGUGCAAGUUUGAAGCAGGAGAUUUGA